GAAGCGAAAACUGACUUGCUCUCUUCCUUGUCCUUCCUCCUCUUCUUCUGUCUUCACUCGGCUCUUUUUUCUUUCUUCUCUUCUUCUUCUUCUUCUUCUUCUUUCUCCAUCUGCUUAAAUCCGAUUUCAGGUACGCAUUUGACGAUUCGGCAUCCUUUAUUGGCGUUCAGCGAUUGUCUAACCGUUUUUCAGUCUAUUAUCCUCUUGCUAGGGGUGUGCGCGUUUCAUAUUAUCCUUCCGAUACCAGCUUCUUUCGAUCGAAACUUUUUGAUAGUGAUGGAACUGUGCCUUGAAACGAGCAUGAGGAGCUGUGGAAUGGGAUAAUUGUGAUUCAGAGGGUUUUACUUCAUCUAGAGAGGGUGCAUGCUGAAGAUACUACUCUAUCAAAUGAUUAUCAGUAUAUUGGGUUAAAAAGAGUUGCACAUCACGGUUUCAAUUUACUGGUUCCUUACAUGAUUGGGAAAAUGGUUGAGGGGCCAAAGUUUACCGGACUGCUUGGGGGAAACAACAACAAUGACAAUAAUUAUGAUGAUUUCACUCAAGGCUUUUAUCAAAAACUUGGGGAAGGCACAAACAUGUCUAUUGACAGUUUACAGACUAGUAACGCUGGUGGUUCUGUCUCGAUGUCAGUGGAUAAUAGCAGCGUCGGAUCCAGUGAUUCUCUAACCCACAUUUUAAGCCACCCUGGCUUAAAGCCUGUGCGUCACAACUACUCUCUUUCUGUUGGGCAAAGUGUGUUUCGUCCAGGUAGAGUUACAAAUGAACUUAACUCUGAUGCAUUAGUGCAAACCUUGAUGGAUAGUAGGUAUCCAACUGAGGGGCUGGCAAAUUAUGAGGAGUGGACAAUUGAUUUGAGGAAGCUUAAUAUGGGCAUGGCUUUUGCUCAAGGAGCCUUUGGUAAAUUAUAUCGAGGGACAUAUAAUGGGGAGGAUGUUGCAAUUAAGAUCCUGGAGAGGCCUGAGAAUAGCCCUGAGAAGGCACAAGUGAUGGAGCAGCAGUUUCAGCAGGAGGUGAUGAUGCUUGCAACAUUGAAGCACCCAAACAUUGUCCGGUUUAUUGGGGCAUGCCGGAAGCCAAUGGUGUGGUGCAUUGUGACCGAGUAUGCCAAGGGAGGGUCAGUUCGGCAGUUUUUGGCGAGAAGACAGAACCGAGCUGUGCCAUUAAAAUUGGCUGUUAAGCAGGCAUUGGAUGUUGCAAGGGGGAUGGCAUAUGUCCAUGGACUUGGCUUUAUUCACCGGGAUUUGAAGUCAGAUAAUCUUCUUAUAUCAGGGGAUAAAUCUAUAAAGAUUGCAGAUUUUGGUGUUGCACGAAUUGAGGUGCAAACAGAGGGGAUGACACCUGAAACAGGGACAUAUCGCUGGAUGGCCCCAGAGAUGAUUCAACAUAGGCCAUACACACAGAAAGUUGAUGUAUACAGCUUUGGAAUUGUCCUUUGGGAGUUAAUCACGGGUUUGCUUCCCUUCCAAAACAUGACAGCAGUACAGGCAGCAUUUGCAGUGGUGAAUAAAGGUGUAAGGCCGGUUAUCCCUAAUGAUUGUCUCCCUGUGCUGAGUGAGAUCAUGACCAGAUGCUGGGACACCAAUCCUGAAGUCCGCCCACCCUUCACUGAGAUUGUCAGAAUGCUCGAAAAUGCUGAAACAGAGAUACUUACUACCGUGCGCAAGGCCCGCUUCAGGUGUUGUAUGACCCAACCAAUGACAAUCGACUGAUCCAGGAUAGGAGGACGAAGAAGAGAUGGGUGAAGAUAGGGAGGAGAUAACCGUGUAGAUUGCUGGUUUCUGGAUUUUGGCGUCAUUUGAACUGGGGGUAGCUGUAUUGAAGGCAGUAGUUAUAAUUCUAGUAUUAGGGGAGUAUUUAUGUAUGAUCUCCUCGCUAUAUAUAUAUAUAUAUAUAUAUAUAUAUAUAUAAAGAUAUGAUGGAGCCUUGUAUCUGAAUUUCUGUUUAUUGUUCCUGUUAUUUAUAACAAAUGUAAGUGAUCUCUCGAAUCCACAUUCCCCUUCAUUCAUGACUA